UUCCUGACGUCAGAUUUCAAUGGUGCAAAAUCCAAAUUCCAAGAGGAAUUUGCAAGAACAACUUCAACUUCAAGAAGCCUUCGAAAUUCGAAUUCAACGCGCAUGUUGGGCUUGCAAAUUAGGGAGGCUGUGCAAGCAGACGAAGGUGGUUCACAAGUGAGAUUGGAGGUUUAAUCUUGGAACUCGAAAAGUGCGGGAUUUUUCAAGUGUUGGUCUCAUCGUUCCUUCAGAUCUCUGAAAUGCUGCAACAGCAGAGGCAAAUAUGUGAUAGUUUCUGACUUGUAAGAAUUCAUUAAUAGGGUGCUGGCGUGGGUGGACCCCGCUUCCGGAUCCAAAUGGCGCCAAGACCAAAAGGAGGCUUUACUAGGCGCUGGCGGAUUCUGCUUCUCAUCGCCGUAUGCGCAGGCUUGGCAUUCAUCAGGCCCGCCUUGAAAGGUGGCCCUAAGGUUGAUGAAACCUUUUCGCUCAAGCACGGCAGGGACGGUUUCAAAGUCGGGGGCGGUAAGGGCAAAGGCCAGUCGUCGCAAAUAACCAUAAAGAAUGACGCGCGGGUGCAAUGGGAUGAGACUUUGGAAGCGCAGGAGAAUGCGCAAGGGGAAGGCCGGAGCGACCUGGAAACGGGUGCCGACGGUUCAGGGGGGGGUGCUGAGACUGGAGAAGCAGCUGUGACAAAAACCCCCCCGGAAGGAGAGGCUGGUGGGUGGGACUGGGAAACGAUGCCGGUGCCGGAGGACUUCCAUAACCCUGACACUGAUCUGCCCACGAACCCGCCAGAGGACCUGUGGGACGAUCCGCCAGACGAGGGCUGGCGGCCCUGCAUCAAGCGGCCCAAGAACUAUCCCCCUGCAACCCCGCUCAACGAAACCAACGGGUACAUCAUGGUCAAUCUGGAUGGGGGCCUCAGCCAGCAGAUGUUCGAGAUCUGCGACGCAGUGACUCUGGCCCGCAUUGUGAACGCGACGCUGGUGGUUCCUAAGCUAGAGUACGACGCGUUCUGGAAAGACGCCAGUGGCUUCUCCGAGAUCUUCGACCUGGACUUCUUCCGCUACCGGCUGCGCAAGGAGAUCAACAUUGUGCGCGUGGACGAAAUGCCAAAAGAGCUGCAAAGCGAGGACAUGUGGCACAUGGGCAACCGGCAGUACCUGGGGCAACCCGAGGACUACUACCGAGAAGAACUUCCCGCCCUGAGAGAGCACCGCGUCGCGUGGUUCCGUCUCGGCUUCUACAACCCGCUCGCGAUCUACCUGCCCUUGCAAUACGAGAAGCUGCGGUGCCGCGCCAAGUACGAUGCAUUGCGCUUCUCGGAGCGGGUCGUCGGGUUCGGCCAGAAGCUGGUGGAAAAGAUGCGGGGGAUGGGGGGUGGGCGUUUCGUUGGGAUGCACCUGCGGUUUGAAGAGGACAUGCUGGCCCACUCUAGUUGCGAUUUUGGCGGCGGCGAGGCCGAAGCCGCAUACUUCGCCCAGAUGCGCACGGAGCGCAAGUGGCCCGAGGCGGACCGUACGGCUGAGCAGCUGCGGAAGGACGGGCAGUGCCCGUCGGAGCCGCGAGAAGUCGCCAAGUGGUUACGAGGUUUGGGGUUCGGCCCCGACACGCCCCUCUACCUGGCCUCGGGAAAGAUCUACCGGGCGGAGUACCACAUGGCGAACUUCAAAGCGAUGUUCCCUCAGUUGCAAACCAAGCGCAGCCUGCUCUCCCCGGCGGAGCUCGCCGAGUUGAAGGGCAAGUCCAACUUCAUGGCAGCGGUCGAUUUGUACGUGCUGACGCAUGCUGACGUGGCGGCGCUGACGUUCCAUGGACAGAUGCGGUGGCAGAUUGCUGGGGAGCGCACGUGGAAGGGCUUCAAGAAGACACAAAUGCUGCCCAAUUGGCUCAUGCCCUGUAUAGAAGACAAGUCCUGGGACGAGUUUCAAGCGGAGGUCCGGAAAUGGGAGAUGUCCGGCGGACCCCGCAACCGAAGCGGAGAAGCGUACCCAGUCGCAAUAUACGGCAACCCAAUCCCGGACUGCAUGUGCCAAAAGCCCGGCGGCCCGCCGUUGAUCAACGCCGUCAAAAUCACAGAAGCGUCAGGACUGUAGUGCGUAGCUAGACUCAGACGGGUUUAUUAUGGUUUGUGUCCAGGUCAAGCAGUUGCGAUGUUUCGGCAGUAGACGCAGUAGAUGACGGUCGCAAGCGGUGUGUUGAAAACUGAAGCUAGCACAGGUUGCCAGGUAACUGAAGAAUAUGCACGUAAACUUAUUGAGGAAGUAGUAUUAGGCUGCCUCAACCAUGUCCGCAAUAAGUAGGUACGAGUAUCUGGUUUGCUUGAGAUUGCCGCGCUGCUGCAUUGAGCGAUGCUUACUCGAGUUUGGAUCCUGUCGUGGCCUUCCAUAGUUGACGAGCAAUUGACCUGGCCGAACUUAGUGAGCCUUGACAACGGUGCGGAUCGUGCGGAUGGUAGUAGGUGG